GUUCUGCUCACCGUUUGUUGUUACUGCGUACGGAUGUCGGAUCCUGUUCAGUGCCUGAGAACUCAGUAAUUAGGUUGGUAAGGCGUCAGUGAGCUGUUUUCCUUCUGCCUCAUUUCAAAUCAAGACUGAAGCUGCAGGCUGAAACUCACCAGACUGAAGACAAGAAGAAAAUCCAUUUAUCACCACUGGUUGCCUCCCAGUCAUCUCCACCAUGAAGACCCUGAGUUUGUCUUGGUUUGGAUUCACCAUGUUGACUUUGGUCCAUGCAGCCUCCAUUCCAGACACAGACUAUCCUUUUGGUCCAACAGGAGACGCUCCGUUCGCUGACUAUCCUGAUCAGCCACCAACUGAGGACGAUCUGUUCGCUAUCUAUGGUGAUCACCCACCAACUGAGGACGCUCCGUUCACUGACUCUCCUGAUCAGCCACCAACCGAGGACGCUCCGUUCGCUGACUAUCCUGAUCAGCCACCAACUGAGGACGAUCUGUUCGCUAUCUAUGGUGAUCACCCACCAACUGAGGACGCUCCGUUCACUGACUCUCCUGAUCAGCCACCAACCGAGGACGAUCUGUUCGCUAUCUAUGGUGAUCACCCACCAACUGAGGACGCUCCGUUCACUGACUCUCCUGAUCAGCCACCAACUGAGGAUAGAGACUAUCACUUGGACUUCACUUGCCCUGAUGGAUGGACGAUGCACAGCACUCAGUGCCUCCUCUUCGUUCCCCAGAAUAUGACCUGGAAAGAGGCUAAGGAAAACUGUGCAUCCAAACUUGAAGGUUCACUCGCUGCUGUGUAUAAUGACAUACAAGCUCAAGAGAUUUACAGCGAGAUGGAAAGUGUUGGACAUCAUGGCGGACAAGUGUGGGUUGGAGGCAGCAAAACAUCAGAGGAUUCUUCUUGGUCCUGGGAGGAUUCUGUUUUCCCUAGCUUUGCUAAGUUUUGCGAUGAGCAAAGUUCAAAGGAUGAGAACAACUGUCUGCAGCUCUCCUUUGGUGAUGACGACUCUGGAUGCCUGAGUGGCACCAAAUGUGACGCUGGGCUCCCGUCUGUCUGUGCGAUCCUCCUCUACUAGUUGACAUGAAUCCUCAGCAGAUACGAGUUAACAUGCCUGUUGGCCAUGAGUCAUUUCCUUAAAUGUUUCUGCUCUGUUGCUUUAAUAUCACAAAAACUGACCAAAAAUAUACAAUAUACUCAUUUUAGUCCCUAUAGGCACAGAUGCCUUCUGAUUGUAAUGCAAGAGAAAUCAACCUGUCCUUUCUAACAACUUUCCAAAUAAAAUCUUUAGCAUUGAUAAAAAAAGA